AUGCGUCGCAUCGAUGUACAUCAUCAUUUCUUUCCCUCGGAUCUUCAGAAAGAAAAGACCAACAAAGACGUUGGCUGGUUAACACCAGCGGAAAACUUACCAUGGACUCCGGCCUUGAGUCUCAAAUCGAUGGAUGAAUCUGGGAUAGAUUACGCCAUUCUCUCAUUGCCUGCGCUUACCACUGGAACCGUGAGCUCAGAAAACCGAACCAAAGCAAGAGAACGAAACAUAUACGCCUCUGAUAUUUGCAAGGCACAUCCUCAGAGGUUUGGAUUCUUUGCUACAUUGCCAUUCCUCGACGACCUUACUGGAGUUCUGGCAGAGGUUUCGUACGCCCUUGAUGAACUGAACGCUGACGGGUUCGCCCUAUCCUCUUCUCAAGGGGAAGGCAUUUGCGCAAAGUACAUUGGCGACGAAACAUAUGAUUCCCUAUGGGCCGAACUUGACCGACGCAAAGCGGUGGUAUUCCUGCAUGGAGCGCAAGUACCAUCCUCCACGCCUUGUCCCCAUGCCCUUCUUGGGGUUCCGAUCACAGAGGUCCCAAACGAAACCUUCAAAGCUGCAGCCCAUCUCGUCGUCACUGGUCGUAAACGGAAAUACCCCAACGUCAAGGUCAUUCUCGCCCAUCUUGGGGGAAGCACACCCUUCCUGGCUGCCCGCGUCGCUAUCCUUUCCCGACACAUGGGGUGCACUUUGACGCCAGAAGAGAUUGUAGAGGAUUUUAGGAGCUUUUACUACGAAACGGCGUUGAGCGCGUAUACCACCAACUUGCAAGCCAUGGAUGGGUUUAUUCCCAGGGAGAAUUUACUCUUUGGGACUGACUUUCCUGGCAUGUGA